UAUACAGUAUAUUAUUUCUAGACUAGACUAGAUUUCUUCUUCAACGUGCCUUCAAGUUUUCUUGCAAAAAAUGGUGACGGGAGGAGGAGCACCCUCAUCUAGGCAUACAUUACAAAACACACCUACUUGGGCAUUGGCGACAGUUUGCUUUGUCUUCAUCUUUUUGGGACUUGUUAUCGAACACCUAUUCCAUAUUGCCUCACGGUGGCUUAGGAAGCAUAGGAAAACAGCAUUAUACGAAGCCGUAGAGAAGCUCAAAUCAGUUUUGAUGAUUUUGGGAUUCAUGUCACUAAUACUCACGGUCACUCAAAGAUCGAUCUCCAAAAUCUGCAUACCAAAGAAAGUUGCAUAUUCCAUGCUACCAUGUCACAGAAUCUCCGAGACAUCAUUGCAAACAACUCAGGCAUAUGAGCUCUAUUAUGCCUCCUCUCCCCGAUUUGCCCCUGAAGAGGAUGUGGUUCGACCCCAACAGAGACUACUAGCUUCGGAUUCCACCAGUUUCAAUUUGACUGGUCAUUGUGCUUCAAAGGGGAUGAUGUCAUUUAUAUCAGAAGAAGGGGUUAAUCAGCUGAGUACAUUUAUAUGUGUCUUAGCUAUCAUGCAAAUAGUCCAAAGUGUUGCUACCAUGAGUUUGGGAAGAGCCAAGAUGAAAAGCUGGAAAGCAUGGGAGCAAGAAACUCAAACAAUUGAAUAUCUGGUGGCCAAUGAUCCUGGCAGGUUUAGAUUUGCAAGACAAACGACAUUUGGACAACGACAUAUGAAUGAUCCAAUCGAUACACCUAUUUUGUUGUGGAUUAAAUGUUUCUUCCGGCAAUUCUUUCAUUCAGUGGCCAAAGUCGACUAUUUCACCCUGCGUCAUGGAUUUAUCUCAGCUCAUUUGUCUACAAACAACACCUUCAACUUUCGCAAGUAUAUACAACGCUCCUUGGAAGAUGACUACAAGGUUGUAGUCGGCAUAAGUCCUUUCAUGUGGUUUCUACUUGUUAUUUUCAUGCUUAUUGAUAUUCAUGGUUGGCAUAUGUAUCUUUGGGUAUCACUGCUUCCUCUCACUAUUGUUUUGGUCCUUGGAACCAAACUACUAGUGAUUGUGGCAAAAAUGGCGUUACAGCUCAAGGAACAAAACAAAGUAAUCAUAGGAGCCCCCUUGGUUACACCUAAUGAUGAUCUCUUCUGGUUUAGUGACCCUCAAUUCGUCCUAACUCUAUUGCAUUACAUACUCUUUGUGAAUGCAUUUGAGUUUGCGUUUUUCGUCUGGGUUAUGUUACAAUAUGGAAUAGAUUCAUGCUUCCAUGAAAGUACAGCUAUCCUUGUCUCAAGGGUUGUCUUAGCGGUGACGGUUCAAGUCAUUUGUAGCUACAUUACUCUUCCUCUCUAUGCACUAGUGACUCAGAUGGGCUCACAGUACAAAAGCACGGUUCUUGAAGAUCAAACAAGGCAUGUGAUUAAGCAAUGGCACGCCGAAGUAAAACAAAAGCGGAAAAAGAAGACCCAAACACCUCGUGAUAGUCCAAUAUCGAAUAUAGAUACUCAACUGAUGAACUCCAAGGAGAUUGUUCAAAAUCAUCAAACACCAUCAGUUUCCGAAUUCGCUUCUCGUGUACUUAGUGAAACAAGUGAAAUAGUUGAAGAAAUCCAAGAAGCAAUUUGAGUACAUGACAAUUCUACUUAAGUUCUCUAGUUAUUUAUUUUUUGAUUCUAUUAAUUCUGAUAAUUUUGUCAAUGGAAACCUAGUUACAGUUACGCAUUUUAUGCUUAUUGUAAAUAAUAAUAUAGUUUUGAUUUUUGAAUA